GCUCGGGGCGCUCGCCAGCUAUGGAAGCAAGCCAGCCCUUGGCGGGGAUCCUUAAAUCAGUACAAUGCAGGAAUCCAGCUGCUUCCCUCUCCACCUUCCUGACCCAGUGGGGUUUGGGUGAGAUCCAAAGGAAGAAGAGCCACGACUGUCUCAUCAGAUUUCACAAAUCCUGCUUCAAGCUGAAAUGAAUGUCCGGCAGACUGAAGAAAACUGAGUGUGUUGUCAUCACCACCCAGACCACAGUGAAAGGAAGUUCUAAUCUGGCCAUUCCGUCUUCAGUCAGCGUUUGGUACCUAACCUUAACUAUUGGCCAACUUCAGAAGACACAGUUUUCCUGACAUUUGGCAUACAUGGAGAGAGACAGUAGAGUGUGUAAGCCUGGCUAAUAAGGCAGCACAUUUUCUAGCCAGAGUGGGAGGCAGUCCAAUUGUAUAAGGAUUAUUUUACAGUUAGCCUCUAGAACUUCACCACUCAUCUGCACACAGGACGUAAACACAAAAUCUAUUUUCCUUUUUAUUUUUUUGCUACUGUUUUAUUUUCCUUUUUCGAUAUUUUUGUUUUUUUGAGUUAGAAAUGGGCCUGUGGACUAGAAUGUGGUCCAUGGACAGGGUUGCUUUCUUGAAGUCGUGGCUUGUGUUUUCCCUUGGGCUCUACAUGCAGUUUUCCAAAGUUCUGGCCUGUCCAAGUGUGUGCCGCUGUGACCGAAACUUUGUCUAUUGUAAUGAACGAAGCUUGACCUCAGUGCCUCUUGGAAUACCGGAGGGUGUAACCGUACUCUACCUCCACAAUAACCAAAUUAAUAAUGCUGGAUUUCCUGCAGAGCUGCACAAUGUCCAGUCUGUGCACACUGUCUACCUGUAUGGCAACCAACUGGAUGAGUUCCCUAUGAAUCUGCCGAAGAAUGUUAGGGUUCUCCAUUUGCAGGAAAACAACAUCCAGACUAUUUCUCGGGCUGCUCUCGCACAGCUCUUGAAACUGGAAGAGUUGCAUCUGGAUGACAAUUCCAUCUCUACUGUAGGUGUUGAGGAUGGAGCAUUCCGAGAAGCUGUUAGCCUCAAGCUUCUUUUCUUGUCCAAGAACCACUUGAGCAGUGUACCAGUUGGCCUUCCAGUGGACUUACAAGAACUACGAGUUGAUGAAAACCGAAUUGCCAUCAUAUCUGACAUGGCCUUCCAGAAUCUCACAAGCUUGGAGCGUCUUAUAGUGGACGGCAACCUCCUUACCAACAAAGGAAUUGCAGAUGGCACUUUCAGCCACCUAUCCAAACUCAAAGAAUUCUCUAUAGUACGGAAUUCACUAACAUACCCUCCCCCUGAACUCCCAGGUACAAAUCUACUGAGGCUUUAUCUACAGGAUAACCAGAUAUCACACAUACCACUUUCAGCCUUUUCCAAUCUCCACCAGCUGGAGCGACUUGAUAUUUCCAACAAUCAGCUUCGGAUGCUGUCCAGAGGUGUCUUUGACAACCUUCACAACCUGAAGCAACUCACAGCAAGGAAUAAUCCCUGGCUAUGCGAUUGCAGUAUUAAAUGGGUCACUGAAUGGCUCAAGUUAAUUCCCUCCUCCAUCAAUGUUCGUGGAUUCAUGUGUCAGGGACCAGAACAUGUCCGAGGUAUGGCCGUCAGGGAACUCAACAUGAAUAUGUUGCCAUGCCCAACAACCACCCCUGAUUUGUCAUUGGUUACCCAAGCCCCCUCUACAUCCCUGCCAACUACAGUUGCCCCUACGUCAUCAGUUCUAACCCCAAGUAACAAAUACACCCCUCUCACUCCUACUGUAUCCACCCUUCCCACUGUGCCUGAGAGGGAUGUUGGAGAAAAAGUGACCCCUCCUGUUUUUGAACGAUUUCAACUCUUCAUCCAUGUUGUGAAUGACACUUGCAUACAAGUUAGCUGGCAGACCCUUUUUUAUGUGAUGUCAUACAAACUUACCUGGGUUAAAAUGGGUCACAGUCUGGAAGGAGGCAUUAUUCAGGAACGGAUAGUUCAUGACGAGGGGCAAAACAUAAGUUUGACAAACCUAGAGCCCAAAUCCACAUAUCGAAUUUGCUUGGUUCCCUUGGAUGAUUUUAAUAAUUACCGAACUGGUGAGGACACUGUCUGUUCUGAAGGUACCACCAAUGCUUCUCUACUAAGCAAUGGAAGCAACACGGCUUCCAGCCAUGAGCAAACAACUUCCCAUAGCAUUGGCUCCCCAUUUCUGUUGGCAGGCUUAAUUGGGGGGGCAGUGGUGUUUGUGCUGGUGGUUCUUCUCAGCAUCUUCUGCUGGCAUAUGCACAAAAAGGGGCGCUACACCUCUCAGAAGUGGAAAUACAACCGGGGCCGACGGAAAGACGACUACUGUGAGGCGGGGACCAAGAAGGACAACUCCAUCUUGGAGAUGACAGAAACCAGCUUUCAGAUUGUCUCCUUAAAUAAUGAUCAACUCCUUAAAGGAGAUUUCAGACUGCAGCCCAUUUAUACCCCAAAUGGGGGCAUUAACUACACAGACUGCCACAUCCCCAAUAAUAUGCGAUAUUGCAACAGUGGUGUCUCAGACCUGGAGCACUGCCAUACGUGAUAGUGAGGGGUGGCAAGACACCACCAACUAGAAGCAAAAACUUGGAGGAAAGAGAAUAAAUCUACUCACACACACACAAAAUUACAUUUGAUAAAUGUUACACAGAUGCGUUUGUGCAUUUGAAUACUCUGUAAUUUAUAUGGUGUACUAUAUAAUGGAAUUUAAAAAAAAGUGCUAUCUUUUCUAUUUCAAGUUAAUUGCAAACAGUUUUGUAACUCUUUGCUUUUUAAAUCUUUAAAAAAAUAUAUUGCUGAAGUACUGUACAGGGUUGUACAAUAAGAACCCAAUGCCAUGGCAAAAGAAAAGAAUGCCUCAUUCUUCAAACAUUAACCACUUUUGCUUUUGGAAAUGUGCAAGGGAUGCUGGUUCUUACACCUUCCACUAGUUUAUGAGAUAUGUUCACAUCACAUGUUUCAAAAGUGAAUCAGUAGGAAUGCCUAAACUAGACUAAAGGAAAGGAGGUAUACAACUUAAAACUAUAAUGUGGUUCAUAAAAUUAGAGUAAGUCAUGUUAAAACUUAGUUGGUUACCUUUACCUAACUUUGUACAUUUUGGUACCAAAUGGAAGAGGCAAUGAGGGACUUUUGGACAUCAAACGCUCUGAAUCACUGCUGUUCCUCAUCCUUCGUCCCAUAAACUGGUAUGGAAAUUUUCAAGGCUUUUAAUGUUCUCAUCAAAAUUGGGAUUAAAAAAAAAUUCUGAUGAGCUUUUUGUAAUGAGGAUUCUCGGUUCCCAUCCAGAACCUUCACUUCUAUUUUCUCUUAAAAGCACAUUUCUGUAGCCCCAGUCUGGCCAAACUAAUGAAUGCAAUUGGUUCCAGCAGUCCAAGCCGAGAUGAUACAUUGGCCAGAGUUGCAAGCAAUAUUGAUAUUCUAAUAACUGAAAGUGUAAUCCAAAAUGCAUUAAAGUCAAUGAAAGUUU